AGCACUGCACGUCAAAUGUGCAUCAAAGAGGCAUCAGCACGACGCCGGGCUUUAGCUGCCCAAAAGCGUGACGUUGCUAAGCAACUGUUGAUUGGUAAAACACAGAAUCGAGAUGCUAUCAAAGUUCUUGCUCGAAUGGACCGAGAGAUUUGCGCUUUUCCGCCACAAGCGAUGAAACGUGAGACUGUUAGGUGA